AUGGCGCACGCCGAUCACACGCGCGACCCGUGCCCCUAUGUCAUCCUCAACGACUUUGGCGGCGCCUUUGCCAUGGGCGCCGUCGGCGGCACCAUCUGGCACGGCAUCAAGGGCAGCCGCAACAGCCCGCGCGGCUACCGGCUGCCGGGCGCCAUGGCCGCCAUCAAGGCGCGCGCGCCGGUCCUCGGCGGCAACUUUGGCGUCUGGGGCGGCAUGUUCAGCACGUACGACUGCACUGUCAAGGGCAUCCGGCAGAAGGAGGACGCGUGGAACGCCAUCAUCGCCGGCUUCAUGACGGGCGGCAGUCUGGCAAUCCGCUCUGGGCCGAAGACGGCGGUCGGCUCGGGCAUCAUGUGCGGCAUCUUGUUGGGCGUGUUCGAAGGUGUGGGUGUCUUGAUGCAGCGGUUCAUGGCCGAGGGGAACAAGCCCGUCGCUCCGAUCAUGUGA